AACAGUCGCUUUCGGAUGCCUCUCUCUUCAAACCAGUGGCUACUUACUCAACACUGUACCAACUUCAAUCAUUUCUUGCUUCUCCACAAUUUUUGUAUCUUUCUUCAUCCCCAAAUCCUGUUCUCACUUCUCUAGGGUUUUUAAAUUACUCACACGAAAGCUGAAUCAUUGAUCUGCAAUCAAAUGGCGAUCAAUGAUCAGUUUCCUAAUGGGUUAAGAAUUCUCGUUGUAGAUGAUGACACUUCCUGCUUGUUCAUUCUUGAGAAAAUGCUUCUCCGUCUCAUGUACCAAGUUACAAUUUGCUCACAAGCUGAUGUUGCGUUAACCAUUCUAAGAGAGAGGAAAGGCUGUUUCGAUUUGGUUCUAAGUGAUGUACAUAUGCCUGGUAUGAAUGGUUACAAACUUCUCCAACAAGUUGGUCUCGAAAUGGAUCUCCCUGUCAUCAUGAUGUCUGCUGAUGGAAGAACAACUACAGUCAUGACUGGAAUCAACCAUGGAGCUUGUGAUUAUCUAAUCAAACCAAUCCGUCCUGAAGAGCUUAAGAACAUUUGGCAGCAUGUUGUUAGAAGGAAAUGUGUAAUGAACAAGGAGUUUCGAAGUUCCCUAGCUAUAGAGGAUAACAACAAGAAGAACAGUGGCAGCGUCGAGACUGUUUUCUCCGCCAGUGAAUGCUCAGAGGGGAGUUUGAUGAAACGGAGGACGAAGAAGAAGAAGAGAAGUGUUGAUAGAGAAGAUAACGAAAAUGAUGAUCUUCUUGAUCCUGGGAACUCUAAGAAGUCACGCGUUGUUUGGUCUAUUGAAUUGCAUGAACAAUUCGUCAAUGCUGUAAACCAACUUGGAAUUGACAAAGCUGUACCAAAGCGGAUUCUAGAGUUGAUGAAUGUUCCUGGUUUGAACAGAGAAAACGUGGCUAGUCAUUUACAGAAGUUCCGAUUGUAUCUGAAGAGACUAAGUGGUGCGGCUUCGCAGAGUAAAGACACGGAGUGUAUCAAAAGAUAUGAAAACAUUCAAGCUUUGGUUUCCUCAGGACAAGUACAUCCACAGACAUUAGCUGCAUUGUUUGGUCAACCAAUAGACAAUCAUCUCUCUGCUAGUUUUGGUGUUUGGAUUCCUAAUGAUGAUCUUGGUAGAUCACAAACUCAAAACUUUGCGGUUGAUGUGUCGUCCGCUUCUAACCGUUCUGUUUCUGUCACUAAUCCGAUGGCGGUUCAUGAUCUAUCUUCCUCUGCAAAUUUCAGUCAGAAAGAUGAUGUUAACAACAACACAGACCACAGAAUCAGACAAGGUUAUGGAUCAAAUGUUAAUGAAGAAUCUUGGAUCUUGGAAAGAUCUUCAAGACAACGAUAUUGAGCAACAACAUUGUUGGGCAUAAUAAGAAGAGUAGGCUCGUGUUUGUUCUGAAACUUUUUCCUUCAAAUCUUCAGAAUGGGAAGAAAAGCUUGUAUCUGCAGCUUAGAACUUGUAUUGUAUUUGCUAGCUAGCUUUAAUGGGAAUAUAACCAUGUUUUAAUCUCUA